GUCAGAGUUAGCUAUAAAAGAGGUCUCUCGGCAAUCGGUUGAUUUAGUUUGAAACAGGUGUUUGUGAAAAAUGCAGUCUAUGAAAGUGAUCUUUGUGUUGGCACUGACAUUGGCAACGGCUUCGGCGCUUCGCAGUCGUCUGUUCGGUGCACCCAAGCCGCUUGAGGGAGAAGAGCUGGAGACAGCCAAGGUUCUCUUAACAAGCACACUCGAGGAACUGGCCGCUGGAGAGGGUCCCAAAUACGAAGUCAUAACGGUGACAUCAGCAACUAGAAAAGUAGUGUCAGGAUCCCUAGACACCUUUGUUGUGGAACUCUCCAAUGGCUCGGAAAAUAAGGAUUGCAAAGUGCAGAUCUGGAGCCAGCCCUGGCUAAAGCCUCUGGGAACCGGCACCAAUGUCAAGAUCUAUUGCCAGGAUGACGAAGUUGUGGAACGUACUUGGUAGACAAAGUACUGCUAACCAUUAAUAAAUUGUGAUUAUCUGAAAAAAGUAA